AUGUCGCAUGAUGUUGUCUCCCAUUCCACCCGCCGCGUUACAAGGUCGAUGAUGAAGAAGGAACCGAGCCCAGAACCAGACACCAACGUCCUCAUCAAAGUCACCAAGCAGAAGAAGUCGCCUCGGAAGGCCUUAGAUCUUGUCUCAUCAGCAUCCCGCAUUCCCCCGAUCACCGCAACCAAAUUCGGCCUCAUCCAAGAAUCCCUCUCCACAAACCUCUACGCUCUACUCGUCGCCACAGUUCUCUGGAAUCGUACACGCGGCACCCAAGCACGGCCCGUCUUUGACAAACUCAUCGCCAAAUACCCAAUCCCAAACGAUCUUGCUGCAGCAUCCUUUACGGAUCUCGCUGAUCUCAUUCGGCCUAUCGGGUUGUACAAUUCACGGGCGGCAAGGCUCAUUGCAUUUGCCAAGACAUGGAUUGAACAUCCACCAUGCAAAAUAAGACGGUAUAGGAAGUUACACUAUCCUUUUAAGGGUGAUGGGCUUGAUGUAGGCAAGGAUGAAGUGCUGGAUGUAGAUGAUGUGAGGACUGGAUGGGAGGUGGCGCAUCUACCAUCCCUUGGACCUUAUGCAAUCGAUAGCUAUCGCAUCUUCCACCGCGACAUGUUACGAGGUUUAGCAAAAGACUGGAAUGGACAGGACGCAAAGGCAGGUUUUGAGCCAGAGUGGAAGCGAGUGGUGCCACUGGAUAAAGAGCUCAGGGCAUUUCUUCGCUGGAUGUGGCUUAAGCAGGGAUGGAUAUGGGAUCCUGAGACGGGCGGGAAAGUUAAGGCUUCGGAGAAAAGAAUGGACAGGGAAAGGCUAAGAUCAAGGAGUUUGACUCCGGAGGGGUUUCGAGUUGUCCGACGGUAG